AUGGGGUCGGGGUUGGGGGAGAUGCAGUGGAGGGAGGACAGAGGAAUUGAGAAACGGAGAGAAACGAAGAAAUGGAGACAAGGGCUCAACGGACACAACGGACACAACGGACACAACGGGCUCAACGGACACAACGGACACAACGGACACAACGGGCUCAACGGACACAACGGACUCAACGGGCCCAACGGGCCCAACGGGCUCAUCUUUACAAAGUGUACCCAUCUCCGGGCUGCUCAGCAUCUUUACAAAGUGUACCCAUCUCCGGGCCGGCCAGAAUCUUUACAAAGUGUACCCAUCUCCGGGCUGCUCAGCAUCUUUACAAAGUGUACCCAUCUCCGGGCCGGCCAGCAUCUUUACAAAGUGUACACAUCUCCAGGCCGGCCAGCAUCUUUACAAAGUGUACCCAUCUCCGGGCUGCUCAGCAUCUUUACAAAGUGUACCCAUCUCCGGGCCGGCCAGCAUUUUUACAAAGUGUACCCAUCUCCGGGCCGGCCAGCAUUUUUACAAAGUGUACCCAUCUCUGGGCUGCUCAGCAUCUUUACAAAGUGUACCCAUCUCCGGGCCGGCCAGAAUCUUUACAAAGUGUACCCAUCUCCGGGCUGCUCAGCAUCUUUACAAAGUGUACCCAUCUCCGGGCUGCUCAGCAUCUUAACAAAGUGUACCCAUCUCCGGGCCGGCCAGCAUCUUUACAAAGUGUACCCAUCUCCGGGCUGCCCAGCAUCUUUACAAAGUGUACCCAUCUCCGGGCCGUCCAGCAUCUUUACAAAGUGUACCCAUCUCCGGGCCGGCCAGAAUCUUUACAAAGUGUACCCAUCCCCGGGCCGGCCAUACAAAGUGUACCCAUCUCCGGGCUGCCCAGCAUCUUUAGAAAGUGUACCCAUCUCCGGGCUGCUCAGCAUCUUUACAAAGUGUACCCAUCUCCGGGCCGGCCAGCAUCUUUACAAAGUGUACACCCAUCUCCGGGCCGGCCAGAAUCUUUACAAAGUGUACCCAUCUCCGGGCUGCUCAGCAUCUUUACAAAGUGUACCCAUCUCCGGGCCGGCCAGCAUCUUUACAAAGUGUACGCAUCUCCAGGCCGGCCAGCAUCUUUACAAAGUGUACCCAUCUCCGGGCUGCUCAGCAUCUUUACAAAGUGUACCCAUCUCCGGGCCGGCCAGCAUUUUUACAAAGUGCUUCAUAGGUGCUCGCUGA